AUGAAUAAAGAAAGGAAACCCAAUGGCAUGGGAGUGGGGAGGAAGCCCUUAGCACAGGACUUGGACCAAGAGUCCCCGGGCUCCUUACUUACAAGUAAGAGCAUUGUCAUUGUAAUGGACGCCUUGAAGGAGUUUUCAAUUGACCCACUUAAUUGGGGUCUGCAUAAUGUGAUUGAAGCCGGUGAUAGUGUCACUAUUCUAGGUGUCAUGCCAUGGCUAAACCUUCCACUUUCAUGUAAGACCUGGUUGGACAUUUGGAGGCUAGACUUUGAGAAUUGGUCAGAGUUGAUAGAGAAGAGCGAGUGGAAAACCGACAAUAAACACCAAAAAUUAAGGGCAGUAAUCAAGCUUUGUAAAUUUCACAAGGUUGUUCCUCGAAUGGAGCGGGUCAUGGGGUGUCCACUCCGGUUACUUGUGGCGGAGCGCGCCAGCAGUCUUCACGCGGCGUGUGUGGUGUUUGAUAGGCACAUGAGGGGAGAUCGGGGAGACCGAGCCUUUUAUGCUAAGAAAAUGCCAAGCAGCGUGCUGAUGAUGACUAACAAUGGCGAGGCCGACAUAAUCAAGGUCAUAUCCAAGCUCAACCACUUCACCCCCGAUUCGUCUCCGGCAAUGCCACCACUCACAGCUGAGAUCAAGAUAUCCCGUGAAUGGUCGCAGCUCCUCAAACAGAAGAAGCGAGAAAGAGAAAGUAGAAGCUUGGAAAUCAUUGAUGAAAGAGAUGAUGGUGAUGAGACUGAGUAA